AUGGUAGUCAGAGGAAUCCCUGAAAUAGUUCAAACUAUCCGCAGAAUCUACUACACAUGUUCACUUGCAAUAUAUUACGUCCUGGGUACCUCGGUAACUGAGUCCUGGAGGAUAUUAGUCGUAGCACCAACUCCAUCAUUCAGUCACCAAAUCGUCUUUCGUUCUUUAUGCCGUGCCUUACAUAAGCGAGGCCACGAGAUCGUGACCAUCACGUCGAUUCCAAUGAGAAAUUCGUCUUUACUGAACUAUACGGAGAUCGAUAUCAGCUCUCUGUAUCAAAAAGCCGUGGAUUGGCAAAUGAUUCGCACUUGGCAGAAUUCUAAUCAGUUAACAUUUAAAAGAUAUAUAUGUAAAUCGCUGAAUAUUAUGAUAGAAGAGAUAUUCAAGAAUCCGGAUGUGAGAAUGUUAUACACCAAUGAUAGCAAUGAAUCGUUCGACGUGGUGAUGGUGGAAAUGAUAGCGUCACCGGCUAUGAACAUUUUGGGAUACGUGUUUAACGCUCCUGUGAUAGGUGUCUCUACGUUGGAGUUGCACUACCAUCACCAGUACAUCAUUGGUAAUCCACUUCUACCGUCGCAUGUCUCGACUUGGGAUACCAGCGUAACAAAUAGCGACGGCAUGAGCUUCUGGCAGAAGACUCAGAACUUCCUGUACGUAUGGUUCUCCGUUUACGAAUGGAACGCAGUGUUGACAUCAGCUAGACCGGACCUACCAAAUGUCAUAUAUUUCGACAGUAUACACGUGGAACAGACACCGCCGAUUUUGCCGCAAAACCUCAAGAUGUUUCUCGACGACGCCACUGACGGCUUUAUUUACGUAAGUUUCGGCGGAAAUAUCGAUAUCACGGACGAAAUUAAACGAAGCCUCGUGGAAUUAACGAGCAAUGUCUUUACGGCAGAAUGGCUGCCUCAACAGGGCAUUCUCGCUCAUCCUAAAAUCAGAGCAUUUGUGUACCACGGCGGACUUCAGAGUACCGAGGAAGCUGUACAUUACGCGGUCCCUCUCAUAGGAAUACCUUUCCAAUUCGAUCAGAAUUAUCGCGUUUGUUACUUGACGUCGCUCGGUGUAGCGAAGCAUCUGGAUAUCUUCACAUGUAGCAAGGAGGAUAUCGAUAAUGUAAUUCGCGACUUACUCAGUGACAUGAGGUAUAAAGACAAUAUGCUGAAACUUCGCGCACGUGCGAAUGACAGGCCAUACGACAGCUUGGGGAAAGCUAUUUGGUGGGUCGAAUUCGUAAUUCGUCACAAAGGAGCGGCGUACCUUCGAUUUAACGGCAACGACGAGUCGUGA